AUGCCUCCAAAGCCAAUCACAGAGAAUGACAUUCUGAAUUUCAUCAAUCAAGGAGAGAAACACCAACUCAUUCCGACGAUAAUCGACCAUAAUGCCAGUCAUAAUCCUCAAAAAGUCUUUGCAUCGAUUCCCGUGGAUAAUAACGACCUCAGCCAAGGAUUUCGAGAUAUAACAUACUUUGAACUCAGCAAAGCCGUCGACAAAGCUUCAUUCUGGCUUGAAGAAAAGCUGGGGUCUGCACCUAAAGCUAUUAUCAGUUCAGAAGGCCAACAGGGAAAGACCCAAAAAUCGAGCUUUCCAACAUUUGCCUUUUAUGGCACACGUGAUUUGAGGUAUUCUAUAUUUGCUGUGGCGGCUAUAAAAGCUGGUUGUAAGAUGUUGUCGCCAUCGCUUCUCGCCUCAAAGGAUGCGCACAUUCAUCUCAUCAAGGAAACAGAGUGUCAUACCGUCUUCUAUAUUCCUACCACAUUCUCCCUGGUUGAGCAGAUUACCACCACCCUUCAGCAAUUAGAGUCUUCAGCUUACAGGAUCUCAACCGCAGUCGCCCCCGAAGUUGCUGAUUUGUUGCCUGUUGGAGGGAAAAAUGUUGAGGCUGGACCAAGUGGCCAUUAUCCUUACAACAGAACUUGGGAUGAAGCAUGUAACGACCCUUGCCUGAUCGUCCACACGAGCGGCUCAACAGGCAUGCCGAAAGUCGUCUACUACACACAGCGCAUGCUUGCAAAUCCCAUUACACAGAGCCUCUUACCGCCUAUCGAAGGUCGAAUUCCCCUGGUGCAAGAAUGGUAUGGUCAACGAAUGCUAACCACAGUGCCCCCUUUCCACUUACUAGGCUACGCCGGAUUCCUAGUCUGCCCCAUCUAUAUCGACGUAGUAGCAGUCAUGGGCCCUCCCGAUAGACCAUUUGACGCUGCGUUGGCAGAUGAGAUACAUCGGAAUGCUCGCCUAGAUACGGGAAUAUAUCAUCCAUCUUUGCUACAGGAUCUUGUUCGAGACGAAGUCAAACGACAAGAGUUGGGCAAGUUGAAGCUCAUAUGUUUUUCCGGUUCUCCUCUUGAGACAAAGACUGGUCAAUGGCUUGCUUCAGAAUUCGGUACAUUGCGAAAUGCUCUCGGGAGUACCGAGAGCUUCGCAUGGCCUAUGGCCCAGGUGCUUGAUGUGAAGAAAGACUGGGCUUAUGUUCACUUCUAUCCCGUCAAUGGUAUUGAGUUCAAACCUGUUGGUCUAGCGAGCUCUAAGAACAAAUCCGAGGAAAACGUUGUGAACGAGGAGGAACUAUACGAACUGACUGUGCAUCGCACCAUCGAAACUGAUGCGUUGACCAACGUUUUUCGUUCUCUACCGCGAACCAGCACAUGGCACACUAAAGAUCUUUGGAAACGUCACCCAGACCCCGCUAAGAAAAAUCACUGGCUCUAUCAAGGCCGUACCGACGAUCUCGUUGUUCUCAGUGGAGAAAUCAAGAUGUAUGCCGCUCAUCUAGAGGACAAGAUAGCAUCAGCACAUCCUUCUAUACGCACUGCACUUGUUGGUGGCCACCAGCGCAAACAGCCUUUCCUGUUGCUUGAGCUAGCAGAUUCUACGAUUACCGUAGAUGAUAUCUGGCCACUUGUUGAUGAAAUCAAUCUCCGCUACACGCAUAGUUCGGUCCGUUUGAAUAGAUCGCUGGUUCUUGUAACGGAGCCAUCUCGGCCUUUUGUGCGACUGGCCAAAGGCUCGGUGGCUCGAAAGCAGACUUUUGACUUGUAUGCCAAGGACAUCGAUGGUUUGUAUGCAGCUUUGGAGCAGUAA